AGAUAAUGCUUGUUUACCUUUAGCCACCAUCAGGCUCGCACAGUUUUCUAAACAUCAAAGCCCGUUUAAAUGCAUAUAAAGCAGGUCAUUAUAUCCGGUUUUCGGUCAUACAAGGACCAAACGAAAAUUGAGCCCUUCAGCAAACGAGCAAAUGUUAUUGUUGGCCGAAAUGGUAGUGGAAAGAGUAAUUUCUUCUAUGCGAUUCAAUUUGUGCUAGCCGAUGAUUUUUCCAACUUACGAGCUGAGCAAAGAUUGGCGUUGCUACAUGAGGGGACUGGUCAACGAAUCAUUACCGCGAAUGUAGAGAUAAUUUUCGACAAUCGGGACAACCGACUACCGAUCGAACAAGAAGAAAUCUCCCUGCAGCGUGUGAUAGGAGCCAAAAAAGAUCAAUAUUUUCUGGACAAGAAAAGUAUCACAAAAACCGAGGUGCUCAGUUUGCUUGAGGCGGCUGGUUUCUCGCGAAGCAAUCCUUAUUACAUCGUAAAACAAGGUAAGAUAAACCAAAUGGCUACUGCACCUGAUUCGCAACGACUAAAACUGCUUCAAGAAAUAGCAGGAAUAAAAGUCUUCGAUGAGCGCCGAGGUGAAAGCGAACAGUUGUUGUUCGAAACUCAAUUGAAGAGUGAAAAGAUUGUCGAAGUUCUCGAACAAAUUGAAAACAGACUGAAAACGCUGAACGAAGAAAAAGAAGAAUUGAAACAAUACCAAAAGUGGGAUAAGUCGCGCCGAAUGCUUGAGUAUACUAUUCACGACAACGAGUUGAAGGAAACGAAACAAAAGCUGGAAGAUUUGAGCAAAAAACGAGAUGAGAAUUCGAGUGCUUCAAUAGCUCUUCAGGAUAAAUUGCAAGAAAUUCUGAAGCGUGGGAAGCAAAUAGGAAAAGAUGUGCGGGACUUGAAAAACAAGAUUUCAUCUAUUGUCGAUGAAAAGGAGUCGCUUUCGAAAGAAAAGUCAACUUUGAUCAAACAAAAGGCGAAAUUGGAACUGACGGCUAAAGAUUUGCAGGACGAAGUUGACAAUGAAGGUAGUAUGAAAGAAAGUUUGCAGUUAGAGCUGAAUAAUAUCAAUGAUCAAAUUUCGGAAAAGGAGGAAGAGUUGACUCAGUUUGCACCCCAGUAUGAAGAUGUUAGGCGCAAGGAGGAGAAUAUAAGUUCUCGUUUGGAUUGGUUAGACCAAAGAAGAAGAGAAUUAUAUGCUAAGCAGGGCCGAGGAACUCAGUUUGAGUCUAAAGAGCAAAGAGACAAGUGGCUUCAACGAGAAAUCAACCAAUUGGAACGGGCCGUUGGAGACAAGCAUGAGCAAAUACGAAGACUGAACUCGGAUUUGGCGAAUGAUCGAAGCAAUUGCAUUGAGCUGGAAUCUCAGAUCACCAGACUUAGUCAAGAUCUAGAGGAAGUUAAGGUGUCAAUGGAUAAUCAAGAUGUGAAGCUCUACGAAAUGAAAAAGCAGAGAGAAAAGUUACAAAGUGAGCAGAAUAAUCUGUGGCGUGAAGAAGCUGCUCUACAGCAAGCGAUUACCAGUUCUAAAGAUGAGUAUGCUAAGAAGGACCAGCAGCAAAGGUCAAUUACUGGGAAGAAUGUUCAAAGUGGGAUGGACAGUGUCAGGAAAGUCCUGGACUAUUUCAGAAACAAGGGAAUCAACCAAGAUGUUAUUGACGGAUAUUACGGAACAGUGAUUGAGAAUUUUCACGUAUCGUCAAAGUUUUUCACGUGCGUUGAAGUCACGGCUGGAGGUCUAAUGUUUCAUCAUGUAGUCACGACUGACCGCGUGGCAACUGCAAUUUUGGACGAAAUCAACAAGUUCAAAAUGCCUGGAAUAGUGAAUUUUAUGCCAUUGAAUAAACUGGAAACGAGUCGGCCUAUCGAGUUUGAAAACAAAGACGCAAUUCCGAUGUUGAAAAAGCUCAAUUUUGAUGAGGAACUGAGAAAAGUUUAUCAGCAUAUAUUUGGCCGAACAUUGAUUUGUCGAGAUAUGGAGGUUGCUGGUCGCAUUGCUAAAGAGCAAGAUUGCGAUUGCAUUACAAUGGAAGGUGAUCAGACUUCUAGGCGUGGAACUUUAACUGGUGGUUUCUAUGAUCAUAGACAAUCGAAAUUAGAACUCCAGAAAAUCAAAAGAGAACUGGCUGCUGAAAUUGAAGAGCAAGAGCAGAAACACUAUGAACUACAAACGAGGUUGAACGAAAUCGAACAGCAGAUUACUCAUGCUCUGAGUGAAAUUCAAAGAGGCGAGACAAAAGCGUCCAAGAGUCGAGAGAUGACAGAACAGUUCAAAGCAGAUUUGAGACUGAAGAAGGAGCAGCUGAAUAGUAUACAGAAGAGCUAUGACCCAAAAGAAAGGUCACUGGCAAGCUUACAGUCAAGUUUGGACGCAAUGAACGCUUCUGUGAACUCGUAUAAGGUUGAAAUGGGCACCGAACUAUUGUCGCAACUAUCUUCACAGGACCAAAAUGAAGUGGGAAAUAUCGCAACCGAGAAAAAGAAAUUGACGAGCGAGAGCAAAGCGAUUGUUUCAGAAAGGUUCAAACUUGAAGGGAAGAAAAAUAUGAUAGAAAAUGAACUCGAAAAUAAUUUGAAGAGAAGACAAGAGCAACUCGUUAACCAAUUACAAGAUUUAGGAGGCGCGGAAAAGAAACACAAGCUAGAAAACUCGAAAAACGAUUUAUCUUUGAUGGCCGAAAGAUUUGAGGCUAAUAAAACACGAUUGGACGAAAUUGAUACUCAGUUAGACGAUUUGAAUGUCGAGUUUGAAACGUUACAGGAAAAUUUGGAGGAAAAUAAGAACCAGGAAAGAGAAACCCAGGACAAAAUUGACACUGAAACCAAGUCUUUAGAGACAGUAACCAACAAGCAAAGCUUACUUGUUAAGCGCAAAGAGGAAUGUUUGAAGAAAAUAAGAGAUUUGGGAUCCUUGCCUAAUGAAUCCUUCGAUAAGUAUCAAAAGAUGAACAGCAAACAACUUCACAAGGAAUUGAACAAAUGCAACACCGAGUUGAAAAAAUAUAGUCACGUGAACAAGAAAGCGUUGGAACAGUUUGUAAGUUUCACAGAAGAGAAGGAGAAGUUAUUGGACCGGAAAGCCGAAGUGGAUAGAGGAUCUCAGGCUAUUCAAGACAUGAUGGAUUCUCUUGAUAACCGAAAAUAUGAGGCCAUUCAGUUCACGUUCAAACAGGUUUCGAAAUACUUUUCAGAGGUGUUUCAGAAAUUGGUACCUGGAGGACGAGCGCAAUUGGUUAUGCGUCGGAAAGAGGCGGACUCUCAAGAAGGUGGCUCGCAACAACCUGAAGUCCCCUUAGUUGAGCAGUUUUCGGGAGUGUCGAUUAAAGUAUCUUUCUCGGGUAAAGCUGCCGAGACACGAGAAAUGAGUCAGUUAUCAGGAGGCCAAAAAUCACUGGUGGCUUUGACGUUUAUAUUUGCGAUCCAAAAAUGUGACCCAGCGCCUUUUUACCUUUUCGACGAAAUUGACGCGGCUCUGGAUCCGGCACAUAGACAAUCGGUAGCCAAUAUGAUUAAAGAACUCUCGAAUAAUGCUCAGUUCAUCAUUACUACUUUCAGACCCGAAUUGAUUGAAGCUGCAGACAAGUUUUAUGGUGUUAUUUUCAGGAAUAAAGUGAGUCAUGUUGAGACAAUUGCGAAGGAAAAGGCGAAGAAUUUUGUAGAAGAUGAUGAAAUUCAUCGAUGAGAUGAAUACUGCUGAUGUUUUAACGGUCAAAUAAUUCCUCAACGUGUUUGUUUCUAUUACUUUAACAAGGACUUCAAUUUUUAACUUAGUUCGUUCUUUGAUAGAAUAAUUGAUUUUCCUGGGGACCAUGUCGCUUAGCAUAGCACUCGCUUAGCAUGCGCAUUAUUUUUUUCUCUAUUUUACGCUCGAAUAGUUAUGAUGUUUUCAGGUGUUUUUGAUGAAUGCCAGUUUUGUGAAACGUAUCAUCGUGUCUGUUUUUGCAGGAGUGUCAGUCUAGUUAGUAAGGUAUCAUCGAAAAUUUCAAGGUUAAAACGGUGGAGGAAAUUCUACCAAGUUUAUAUGUAUAUUUGUCGUUCAAUUUUCAAUUUCUGAGAUUCGAAAACAAUUUAAUCGACACAUUUUGCUUAGCGAGUUAUAUGCUAAUUGAUGAAGUCCAUUUUUCUGUCAGUAAGAGUUUCUUUUUCAUAUGAAAGAUUUAGUGAUGAAAGUUGCUGACUUUCAUCUGUUUGUUUUAAGUUUCAAUUUUAUUUUGCUGAUUGCUGUAUACACUACUUGUGCAAUAUUUUUGUAGCGUAAUCUAUGCUUUUAUCUACCUGUGUUCAAUUAAAA